UGCUGGUUGGUAUACAGUUUGGUCAAUAGCUACAAAUAAGUAGAAAUUACUUUGACCUGUGGAAUUUGGCUAAAUAAGAGUAUAAAUCUUGCCGAACAUGAAUAAUUCAGAAUGGUUACUAUGGAGUUUCUAAGGCAAAGAAAUCUAUAAAUUAAACUUACAGCGGAGAUACGUUACCAGAGUCAUUGACAACUUCAGGCUCCCCAGUGUCAAGUGCUCAAAUCAAAUUGGAAAAUGCAAUCCAAAAGAUGUUUUGUAACUGUCACAGCUCUAGUCUGCUUUUUGAUCUGUGCCAAAUCACAAAGCAUCACAAUACACCGUUCGUCGUGCAGGAGAGAUGUUCUAAUGAAAGCAACGGACCUUGAUAAAAAAUUGACUGGCACUGCGCAAAAUAUCAUAUUGGAGAUCUACGCCAACAAGCUUUCACUUUGCGCAAAGAGGUGCACAGGGGCAGAGAAGUGUAUGACGAUCAAUUACAAGAAGUUUCCUGCCUCUUUGCAAGAGAAUAAUUGCCAAUUACUGGAUAUUUCGAAAGCAAAUCAGAGCGUAUCAUUGACAAAUGCAGCUAGGUGGAUUCACUACGAGCCAGUAGCACAGGUUGGACCACGUUGCCGAUUAUAUAACUGUAGUGCUGGCUACCAGUGCAUCGAGUCAUGCUCAAAUUUAGAUGGAAUCGAGUGCAUUGAUAUAAAUGAGUGUGCAAGCAGUCCAUGUCAAAAUGGCGGCACAUGCUUUGAUGGAGUCAACAAUUACACUUGCACUUGCGCAGCAGGAUACGAAGGAACAAUGUGUCAGACAGAUAUAAAUGAAUGUGCAAGCAGUCCAUGUCAAAAUGGCGGCACAUGCUUUGAUGGAGUCGACAAUUACAUUUGCACUUGCGCAGCAGGAUACGAAGGAACAAUGUGUCAGACAGGUAAAAGAUGCUCAAUUGAAGAAUAUUUAUCUCUCUCAUAACAUCUACUUUUAAAAAUAACCUUGACCAUUUGUGAUUAUUGCUGAGGUAUUCAUUUUAGAUACAAAUGAAUGUGCAAGCAGUCCAUGUCAAAAUGGCGGAACAUGCGUUGAUGGAGUCAACCAUUACACUUGCACUUGCGCAGCAGGAUACGAAGGAACACUGUGUCAGA